CAGGCCCCGGUGCACCACUAUGGUGGGACCUCGCCCGCGGCUGCGGGGACCGCUGCAGCAGCAGAGGCGGCCAGGCGGGACGGGGGGCUGAGGCCGGGGCCUGCGGGUAGUGAGGCUCCGAACGCUGCCGGCUCCGAGCGCGGUUCCCCCCUCGCCUUGCCUAGGCGCCGACGGCCGCCCCGCCGGACGAUGCGCGCCCCCGGCCGCCCCGGAGGCUGAGCCCGCAGCUCCGCGCUCCGCUCUCGCCCUCAGCCGCCCGGAUGGCUUUGCCCGGCGCCGAGGGCGCAGCCGACGCGCCAGUGUCCCCGGCCCGGGGAGCCCAUGCCGGCUCCGCGUCCUCGUCGUCCGCCUCCUCCGGCGGCUCGGCCUCGGCCGCGGCGGGCGCGGGGCUGUGGGCCGCGCUCUACGACUACGAGGCGCGCGGCGAGGACGAGCUGAGCCUGCGGCGCGGCCAGCUGGUGGAGGUGCUGUCGCAGGACGCCGCCGUGUCGGGCGACGAGGGGUGGUGGGCUGGCCAGGUGCAGCGGCGCCUCGGCAUCUUCCCCGCCAACUACGUGGCUCCCUGCCACCCGGCUGCCCGCCCCGCGCCGCCGCCCGCGCCGCCGCCAGCGCGGCCCGGCUCGCCGGUGCACGUCGACUUCGAGCUGCUGGAGCUCAAGGAGCUCAUCGGCGCCGGCGGCUUCGGGCAGGUGUACCGCGCCACCUGGCAGGGCCAGGAGGUGGCGGUGAAGGCGGCGCGCCGGGACCCGGAGCAGGACGCGGCGGCGGCGGCAGAGAGCGUGCGGCGGGAGGCCAGGCUCUUCGCCAUGCUGCGGCACCCCAACAUCAUCGAGCUGCGCGGCGUGUGCCUGCGGCAGCCGCACCUCUGCCUGGUGCUGGAGUUCGCCCGCGGCGGAGCGCUCAACCGCGCGCUGGCCGCCGCCAACGCAGCCCCGGACCCGCGCGCAACCGGCCCGCGCCGCGCGCGCCGCAUCCCCCCGCACGUGCUGGUCAACUGGGCAGUGCAGAUCGCGCGGGGCAUGCUCUACCUGCACGAGGAGGCCUUCGUGCCCAUCCUUCACCGGGACCUCAAGUCCAGCAACAUUUUGCUGCUGGAGAAGAUAGAGCAUGAUGACGUCUGCAACAAAACCUUGAAGAUUACGGAUUUUGGGUUAGCGAGGGAAUGGCACAGGACCACCAAAAUGAGCGCAGCAGGCACCUACGCCUGGAUGGCCCCCGAAGUGAUCAAGUCUUCCUUGUUUUCUAAGGGAAGCGACAUUUGGAGCUAUGGAGUGCUGCUGUGGGAGCUGCUCACGGGAGAAGUCCCCUAUCGGGGCAUUGAUGGCCUUGCUGUGGCUUACGGGGUAGCAGUCAAUAAGCUCACUUUGCCAAUUCCAUCCACCUGCCCUGAGCCAUUCGCCAAGCUCAUGAAAGAAUGCUGGGAACAAGACCCUCACAUUCGUCCAUCGUUUGCCUUAAUUCUCGAACAGCUGACUGCUAUCGAAGGAGCAGUGAUGACGGAAAUGCCUCAAGAGUCUUUUCAUUCCAUGCAAGAUGACUGGAAACUGGAAAUUCAACAAAUGUUUGAUGAGUUAAGAACAAAGGAAAAGGAGCUGCGGUCCCGGGAGGAGGAGCUGACUCGAGCGGCUCUCCAGCAGAAGUCCCAGGAAGAAUUGCUAAAGCGGCGUGAACAGCAGCUUGCAGAGCGGGAGAUCGACGUGCUGGAGCGGGAGCUUAACAUUUUGAUAUUCCAGUUAAACCAGGAAAAGCCCAAGGUCAAGAAGAGAAAAGGGAAAUUUAAGAGAAGUCGUUUAAAGCUCAAAGAUGGACAUCGAAUCAGUUUACCUUCAGAUUUCCAGCACAAGAUAACCGUGCAGGCCUCUCCCAACUUGGACAAACGGCGGAGUCUAAACAGCAGCAGUUCCAGCCCACCCAGCAGCCCCACCGUGAUCCCCCGGCUCCGAGCUAUACAGUUGACUUCAGAUGAAAGCAAUAAAACUUGGGGCAGGAAUGCAGUCUUUCGGCAAGAAGAAUUUGAAGAUGUAAAAAGGAAUUUCAGGAAGAAAGGUUGUACCUGGGGACCAAAUUCGAUUCAAGUGAAAGAAAGAACGGAUUGCAAAGAAAGGAUAAGACCUCUCUCAGACGGUAACAGUCCUUGGUCAACUCUCUUAAUAAAAAACCAGAAAACCAUGCCCUUGGCUUCAUUAUUUGUAGACCAGCCAGGGGCUUGUGAAGAGCUGAAACUUUCCCCAAAUGAAUUAGAACACAGAAAAUCAAAGCAAAUAAAAUCACCUAUUCCAGCCUACAUUGAUCUACCUCUGUGGAAAGAUGGUCCAAGAGAGAAUCCCAUGGAAGCUGAAAGCUGGGAGGAGGGCACUUCUGUGAACUCUGCUGCGGGGUCUCCUCAGGUGACUCCUACGAACAGUCUGAGCCGACCCCCUCAGAGAAAGAAGACAGAGUCUGCUUUGUACAGGUGCACCAUGCUGCUGGCGUCGGUGGCUCUGGGGCUGGAUAUCAGAGAGCUUAAUAGAACGCAGGCUGCUGAAGAACUGUUGCCCAAGGACGAAAAGAAGAAACGAGAAGGAAUCUUCCAGCGGGCUUCCAAGUCACGCAGAAGCACCAGUCCUUCCACAAGGCUGCCGUCCACAGGCGGGGAGGCCAGCAGCCUGCCCUCCCUCCCGCCACCAAGUGCCGUGAGCCUUCUGUCCAUGCCUUCUCUCUCCACGAAGUGCCUGCUGGAGACGGAUGGUGACGAUCUGUCCAUGGGCAGCACACCUAUCACUGACAACCCCGAGAUGUCUACUCCAGAUUUUCGUCCUGCCAUUCCAGGGAGUGGUCGUGAGCCAGCCCCCAUGCCAACGCUUGAGACUGAUCAUGGUGUAUCCAAAAACAUGUCUCCUUCCUUGCUAGAGCAGACACCUGGGAAUGUGCCUUACUGUGCUUCUUCAAAAGAUAGAGCAUCACACCACAGACGGACCAUGUCGGAUGGAAAUCCGACCCCAGGUAGAUUGCAUGCUGGUGCAGCUAUGAUCUUAGCCACCGGAGCCUCUGAACUGCCACUCCAUUGCUCCUCUGGUCCUCACGGUAACCAGCCGGGUGAGAAGCACAGAGCUGUCAGCAUCCUGCCUCGGCCUCGCCCCGCCUCCCUGAGAAGCCGACUGGAUCGACUUCAGGCUCCCCCAGAGCGAGCAGCCUCUCAGCCUGCACAGGCCACCUGCGUAGUGGGUCGUCUAGGACCGAGCCUUACCCGUGUCCUCAGUGCCAAGGGAAGAACUAAAUUCCACAUGCCUUCGUUACUGGACGCCGACGUGGAAGGUCAGAGCAGGGACUACACCGUGCCUCUGUGCAGAAUGAAGAGCAAAACCAGCCGACCGUCGAUAUAUGAACUGGAGAAAGAAUUUCUGUCUUAAAUAAAGUGCCUUAUAUUGUUUAAGCAUUUCUUUUUUUUUUUUUCUUUUUUAAGGUGAACAAAUGAA